AUUUUCCUCUCCCUUCCAACACCUAUUCGCUCUCUUUCUAUUGCUGAGAACUACGAUGGCUUCCGCCGCCCACCCCACAUCCUUUUCUCUCCGCCCGUCAUCCUCCGCCUCCGCAUCCUCAUCCUCGCCCCGGCAGCAGGCAUCGGCGGUCGCUCUCCCCGGCUCCGCCUCCCGCGGCGCAGUCGCGCUCCGAUCGCCAUUCCGCCGGCUGGGCUUCGCCGGGGCGGCGGCGGACCCGCUGCUGGCGCUCCACGUGGCGGCGAGGAUCCGGGCGGUGGCGGGGCGAAGCGGGAGGGGGCCGAGGGGCGUGGCGGUCAUGGCGAAGAAGAGCGUGGGAGACCUCACCGCCGCCGACCUCAAGGGGAAGCGGGUGUUCGUGAGGGCGGAUCUCAACGUCCCCUUAGAUGAGAACCAGAACAUCACCGAUGAUACUAGGAUCCGGGCGGCCGUGCCCACCAUCAAGCACUUGAUAGGGAAUGGGGCCAAAGUCAUCCUCUCCAGCCAUCUGGGACGCCCAAAGGGGGUGACACCAAAAUUCAGCUUGAAUCCUCUGGUGCCCAGGCUAUCUGAACUCCUUGGUGUCAAGGUUGAGAAAGCUGAUGACUGCAUUGGGCCAGAAGUUGAGAAAAUGGUUGCUGCACUUCCAGAAGGUGGUGUUCUGCUUCUUGAAAAUGUAAGGUUUUAUAAGGACGAAGAGAAGAAUGAGCCAGAGUUUGCAAAGAAGCUUGCAUCCCUGGCAGAUCUUUAUGUGAAUGAUGCAUUUGGAACGGCACAUAGAGCACAUGCAUCGACGGAGGGUGUCACCAAGUUCUUGAAGCCCUCUGUUGCUGGUUUUCUUUUGCAAAAGGAACUUGACUAUCUUGUUGGUGCUGUUGCAAACCCAAAGAGGCCAUUUGCUGCCAUUGUAGGUGGUUCAAAGGUGUCAUCAAAGAUUGGAGUGAUUGAAUCAUUGCUGGAGAAAUGCGAUACCCUUCUUCUGGGUGGAGGAAUGAUCUUCACCUUCUACAAGGCACAAGGGUGUUCAGUGGGUUCUUCCCUGGUAGAGGAGGACAAACUAGAGCUUGCAACAUCGCUUCUUGCGAAGGCUGUAUCAAAAGGUGUCUCUCUUAUGUUGCCCUCUGAUGUUGUUGUUGCUGACAAGUUUGCCCCUGAUGCAAAUAGCAAGGUUGUGCCAUCAACUGCAAUUCCUGAUGGUUGGAUGGGCCUGGAUAUUGGACCAGAUUCAGUCAAAUCAUUCAGUGAUGCACUGGAAACAACCAAGACAGUUAUUUGGAAUGGUCCUAUGGGCGUUUUUGAAUUCGAUAAGUUUGCAGUUGGAACUGAGGCAAUUGCAAAGAAAUUGGCAGAACUUAGCGGGAAGGGUGUGACGACGAUUAUUGGAGGCGGAGAUUCUGUUGCGGCCGUCGAGAAAGUGGGAGUAGCUGAUGUUAUGAGCCACAUAUCGACGGGUGGUGGUGCCAGCUUGGAGUUAUUGGAAGGAAAGGAGCUACCAGGAGUUCUGGCUCUUGAUGAAUCUGUCCCUGUUGCUGUGUGAGGACAAGAUUUAUUCUGAAGCUGCUGUCUUUUGUUCUGGUUUCUGAAAGAACAUAACGAUGUUAUGGUCUCUGUCACCUGAGUUUUACCCAGAAGUGGAAUGAGUCAAGAUGUUGAGUUUCUUGUAGAGUUUCUGGGAUCGGUAAAAGAGAGGAUGUUUUCCCCUCCACUGAUAUUUUCUUGUGAUGCGGUGCCAAUUUAUGGUUGAAAUAAAGGAUAAACUAGAAUUUUCCUAGUAUGCCUCUUGUAACAAGUCAAAGUUGUAGACGCCAUUCGAAUGGCAGAAUUGCAGCGUCUCACCACUGAU